AUGAAGACUUUCAUCGUAUUCGCUAUGUGCUUGGCUGCGGCGCUGGCCCUCCCAGCUGAUACCUACAAUCCUGAAUAUGAUAACUUCAAUGCUAAAGAACUGGUGGAGAACACACGACUUCUGAAAAACUAUGGCAAAUGCUUCCUUGAUCAGGGCCCAUGCACGCCUGAGGGUUCGGACUUUAAAAAAACAAUUCCUGAAGCCCUUCGUACAACAUGCGCUAAAUGCACACCGAAACAACGCGAACUUAUCCGCACCGUAGUUCGCGGCUUCCAGAAGGACUUGCCAGAACUCUGGUCAGAGCUUGUCAAGAAAGAAGACCCUAAGGGAGAAUACAAAGAAUCCUUCGAAAAAUUCCUUAACGGCUCUGAUUAA